AUGACGACGACGACGACGCAGUACACGCGAUCUGCGAUUCUAGCGUGGGCAAAUGACGUGCUAGAGACGUCUUACACCACCUUCCAGGACAUCCCGAGCCACGAGGUGGGCCUCCUGCUCUAUGGCAUCUUUCUCGGCUCCACCUCCAGAGGCAACGCUACGGCGAGUGGCCUUGAGGACGCUGCCGCGACGGCGACCAGCGCCAGUGUGCCGUUGCUGACCGAAGCGCAGCUGCACACGCACCACCAGCGACACAAAGCGACCUGCAUGCGUUACCUUCAGCUUCUGCAGUUCCCUUCUACGCCCUCCCCCACCACACCAGCUAACACUGCUCCUCCUGCUCCUCCUGCUGUUGCUGCCAUCACAUGGACGACGGCGGAAGCAUCCGCUUCAACCCCCGGUCGUACGUCCGCUUCGGCUUUGCCAUUAUUCCCAGAUGGCCACCACGUCGUCACAUCUGCGGUGGCGCAGCAGCGCAACGCUGAGCAUGUUCUCGCGCUGAUCCGUGCUCUCAGCGCCGAGGAAGUGGAGUUGUUACGCGCGGAGGCCAAGGAUUCGCCAGCGCGUGGUGGCGGCAACACCGCAAAUGCCGUUUUACUGCUUGGGUCCUCGAUGACACCAGAGGCGUGGCUGAGCGGCGGCGCCUUUGUUGAGGAGCUGAAGCUAUGGCGGUGGGUGCGACUUAUGGCGGAGCGGCACCGCAUCUCUCCCCGCGCCAUUCGCCGCACCAUUCGUGCCUACCUUCAGCAUGAAGGCGGCAGCGUCGUCUCGGUGGUGCCAGCGCCUGCGAAGGAGGCACACACAAGUCCGCCAAGCUGUGCCCAGUCGCGAGGCGCUUCGCCGGCACCACAGUCACCAACCUUCGUGAGCGAGAUGCGCAACGUGGCAGAGGUUGCGCUAGGCGAGGUGCGUGGUGGCCCCCUCCCUAGCAAGAGCACGCAGGCGCUCCCAGAAGAGGUUUCAGGCGAUCCUGCAUUCCAGGAGAUCAAGCGCAUGCGACCGGAGAUGCUGUCUUCGACCUCACCGCUGCCUGCCAAUCCAGCUGCAGCUACAACGGCAGCCAUAACAGGGCCGGCGACGUUGAGUCUUACCCCGCUUGUCGGGCCUGUGUCGCCCGCUCACGUGCUUUUCUCUCCCAUCAAGGAAGUAGCAGCAACAGAAGACGGUGCCCGCCCAGACGACUGCAACGCGACGAGCCUCAGUUGGGCAAUUCCUGACAGUAGUUUACACAGCACUUCUACAGCAGCGAUCACAUCGUACGUCGCGCAGGCAACGGAGCUGCAGGCGGCGCUUCGCAGUGCCCAAGUGGCUCUUGAGAACGAGCUAACAUUGCAUCGAGCACAGCAGCAACAGCAGCCUCUUAGGCUGCCGACAUGUGCGUCCGGAAGUACAUCGCCACGCUCCUCUGGCGGCGACAUACUUGAUGGCGCAGGUGCGGUGCGCAAGGUGGCUCAGCUGCUGGCGCCAGCGACGAACCCGUCUGAUGCGCAGGAGAGUUUGUGUCGUCAGCACAUGGUGAAUACUGUCUUCGCCAAGACACUCGGUGGCCGAGGUGAUUCAUCGCCGUCGUCGCCCGUCCCUGAUGCGCUCACAUGCGAUGUGUGUCCGUCCAUCAUGGCGCACGCGAUACAGUGCAAUCUCACUGCCAUCGAUGACUUAGAAAACGUUCGCGCUCGCGCGAUUGCGGCGUGCCUUAAGAAGGAUCCGGUGACGUUGCUCGCCACGCUGCAGAGCAUUGUGUGA